CUGUAUCAUCAUGCAUCUAAUUGGGAGUACAUACCUACCUGGGUGCUGUGCAUCCCACAGACUAGGUAUAUUGGGUUUAAUCCUGCUAGAUCCCUGCGUCUUUAGGUCUCGGCUGCAUUUCGUCACCAAUCCAGUCGACUAAAGCUGCCACUCAAAGGAGGAGAGGAAGAUACGCCCAGGGAGCGGCCAAGAAUGUCUGGGAUGAUUUAUAUAAAGGAUCGCUACGACUCGAUUAAUAAAUGGUUGAAGAAGUCGAACUAGUCACAUCAACAUCCAUCCCGUCAACCCCGCACAACCCUGGGGUGUUGGUCUGUUCAAGCGGCAUCAGCAACCUCUCAUUAACCAACACAAGCCACUCUUACAGAUUAGAAGUCAAGUCCUCGUGCACAUCUUCGCCAUGGACGUAGGUUCAGUUUCCGGUUAUUUUACCGAUGAGCUGGGUCUGGAUAUGAGCAAGGUUUCCAUGUCUCCGACGGACGCCGAGCUUAACGGCGGCUGCGGAUUUGACUUCAUGCCUUGGGCAACUGCGGACGGUGACCUCUCUAACCUGGAUUACCCCCCGGGCGCCUGUCUUGAUGACAAGACAUCUUACGGCAAUUUUACCUUGUCGGGCAAUUCAACUUCCGCCAGCUCAGAGUACAGGACCUCGUCCGGAAGCAGCCUGAUGGAGUGGCCGGGAGAUGGCUGUGUUUCGGCAACAUCUUAUUCGGCUGCGCCUGCGACUUAUUCGGCCGGGGUUAGGAAAGCCUCGGAUCCGGAUACCGGGCACUACUACAAGACGCCGGUCUCACCCAUCUCCCCAGUUUCCAGCAGUGGCCCGAUCAAGAAGAGACACAGCAUCGGGGGACCCGACGACUACCAGGCAUCAGAAAGCUCCGCCAACAUCGCUUCAUCACGGCCUGCGAAACGAGCCUGCUCCGAUGUGUCAGAGCAUGCGAUGCGAGGCAAGCUUAAGGCCAAGGACACGACUCCCCCAAGCCAUUCCAAGGCCAAGCCCAAGGCCGAGUCGAAAUCAAAGCCCGGCAGCAAAUCCAAGGCAAGCAAAUCGGCGGGAAAGGCGCCCUUGACACCCAUCACACCCGGCGAGAGCCCCAAGGCCCAACUCCGGACUGCCUGCCGCAGGCCCAAGCCACCGUCGCCCGCCCAGUCCGUCCAGCCCAUCGCGGAGCAGGACGACGACGCCCUGACCCCCGAGGAGCGCCGGGCCAGGCAGAGCCACAACCUCGUCGAGAAGCAGUACCGCAACCGCCUGAACCAGCAGUUCGAGAGCCUGCUGGCCGUCCUGCCCGCCGACAACGAGCACGGCCCGGGCGGCGGCAUCGGCGGCCAGGUCAAGGGCGGCGCGGGGGCGGGCGACGACCGCCGGCUGAGCAAGGCCGAGGUCCUGGAGAUGGCCAGGCAGCGCAUCACGUCGCUCGAGCAGGAGAGCUUGACGCUCCAGCAAGAGCGGAACGAGCUGCUGGAGAACGUCGGGCUCAUGCGCGACGUUGCAGCCAGGCAGGUGAUGGGCAAGUUGCCCGGCGUUUGAUUCGGAAGUGCGAUUGUCUAAUUCGCGGGUAUUU